AAUCCCCAGUAGUACUUCCCGAUCAGGAGGGCACACACGCACCAUUCUUCAGCGACCAUCCUCCUGAAGCCUCUCGAGAUCCUCUACCACCUAUCCAUCGAUGGCGGCUGCUACCUCCUACGCGACCCAUGCCAUGGCGAGCCCGGCGGGGCAGUGGGCUAUCCUCGCGCUUCUCUCCCUCUCUGUCAGCCUCACUGCUUUGCCCGCGGGCACUGGUUUUUCAGAAAAUCCAAAACUGAUCUGCUGCAAGAUCUACAUUUCUGAAAGCCGCAACAAGUCCGCUCUUGACGAAAUUGAUAAAGCAGCAAGGAAAGACCCUGAAAAUGUCGUGGUGCUAAUUAAGCAGGUUCCGAGAUCAUAUCUACAACCGUGUGCGCUAUACGUUUGUCUCAUAUAUUUCCACAUCCGAGUGGAAUUAUUCCAAUGAAGGCCUCGUUCGGCAGGCCUGUUUUCAAGCCAGCCCUGGAUUAAAUCA